AUGACUGUGAUGUCACAGCAUAAUGUGAGCACCUUUCACCCAGCCACCUUUAUUCUCCUAGGCAUCCCAGGACUGGAGCAUAUCCAUGCUUGGCUCUCCCUGCCUUUCUGCUCUGUCUACAUUGUGGCUCUGCUGGGCAAUAUCACCAUCUUACUGGUGAUUUGGGUUGAAAGGACGCUCCGUGACCCCAUGUUCUACUUCCUGGCCAUCCUGUCAGGUAUUGACCUGGCCUUGUCCACAUCUUCCGUGCCUCGGAUGUUAGGCAUUUUCUGGUUUGAAGCCCAUGAGAUCAGCUUUGGGGCCUGCCUGGCCCAGAUGUUUCUCAUUCAUACCUUCACAGGUAUGGAGUCGGCUGUCUUGUUAGCCAUGGCCUUUGAUCGUUAUGUUGCCAUCUGCGCCCCACUCCGCUACACAACCAUUCUGACAGCCAAUGUAUUGGCAGGUAUUGGGGUGGCCAUUGUUCUACGUGCUGUUGUGCUCAUGCUGCCUAUCAUAUACCUGACCUAUCGCCUGCCUUUUUGCCAGGCUCGUGUCAUUGCUCAUGCCUACUGUGAACACAUGGGCAUUGCCAAGCUUGCUUGUGCCAGCAUUCGUAUCAAUGCCAUCUAUGGACUUUUUGUCGCCUCUUUCCUGGUCUUGGAUUUGAUCCUGAUUGGAAUCUCCUAUUGCUACAUCCUACGUGCAGUCUUUCGCCUUCCUUCUCGUGAUGCUCGACUCAAGGCACUUAGUACUUGCAGUUCACAUGUAGGAGUUAUGUGUGUCUUUUAUACACCCUCCCUCUUCUCCUUCCUCACUCACAGAUUUGGCCACCACAUCCCUCGAUAUGUCCAUAUUCUUGUUGCCAACCUCUAUGUGGUCAUCCCACCAUCGCUUAACCCUGUCAUCUAUGGUGUGAGGACAAAGCAAAUCAGAGAGAGAGUACUCCGGACUUUCACUGGCAAAUAG